AUGGCUGCAAAGCGCAAGGCAUCUGCCAUGGCCGCGACGGUGGACGACGAGCCUGUCGAUCCAUCCGACGAGCUCGCCUUCUACUGUUUAGGAGGAGGCAAUGAAGUUGGACGCUCGUGUCACAUCAUCCAGUACAAAGGCAAGACUGUCAUGCUGGACGCCGGUAUGCAUCCUGCCAAAGAUGGCUUCGCCGCUCUACCUUUCUUCGACGAAUUCGACUUGAGCACUGUGGACAUACUUCUACUCAGCCAUUUUCACGUCGACCAUUCAUCCGCACUUCCCUAUGUCUUGAGCAAAACCAAUUUCAAAGGCCGCGUCUUGACAACGCAUGCAACGAAAGCUAUCUAUAAAUGGCUAAUACAAGAUAAUGUCCGUGUCAGCAAUACCUCGUCCUCGUCGGACCAAAGAACGACCCUAUACACGGAACAUGACCAUCUCUCUACACUCCCACUCAUUGAAACGAUUGACUUCUACACAACACAUACAAUCAACAGUAUCCGUGUCACACCGUACCCUGCUGGGCAUGUCCUCGGGGCAGCCAUGUUCCUCGUUUCCAUUGCGGGACUCAAUAUUCUUUUUACGGGUGAUUACUCACGCGAAGAAGAUAGACAUCUGAUCCCCGCAGAAGUUCCAAGGGGAAUCAAGAUCGAUGUUCUCAUCACGGAAUCUACUUUUGGCAUCUCUUCAAAUCCGCCUCGUUUGGAGCGAGAAGCAGCUCUCAUGAAGUCAGUUACCGGGGUUCUCAAUCGCGGCGGCAGAGUCCUAAUGCCCGUAUUCGCUCUGGGUCGAGCUCAGGAACUUCUUUUAAUUCUAGAAGAGUAUUGGGAGCGGCAUCCUGAGUUGCAAAAGAUUCCCAUCUAUUACAUAGGAAAUAUGGCCCGUCGCUGUAUGGUUGUGUACCAAACCUAUAUUGGAGCCAUGAAUGAUAAUAUUAAGCGCCUUUUCCGUCAGCGAAUGGCCGAAGCAGAGGCCAGUGGGAACAAGAACGUUGGGGCAGGACCCUGGGAUUUUCGGUUUGUACGAAGCUUGAGGAGUCUUGAGCGCUUUGACGAUGUCGGCGGCUGUGUCAUGCUUGCCUCGCCUGGUAUGCUCCAGACUGGCACUAGCAGGGAGCUUCUCGAACGGUGGGCACCAAGUGAACGAAACGGAGUAGUCAUGACGGGCUACAGUGUCGAGGGAACUAUGGCCAAACAGCUACUCAACGAACCAGAGCAGAUUCCUGCCACUAUGUCAAAGGUUUCUACAGGCCCUGGCAGCCGUGCCAAUCCAAUAGGCGACGAAGACCAGAAAGUCAUGAUUCCAAGACGCUGCACUAUUGAUGAAAUCAGCUUUGCCGCGCAUGUGGACGGUGUUGAGAAUAGGAACUUUAUUGAGGAAGUGGGAGCUCCCGUCGUGAUCCUUGUGCACGGAGAAAAACAUCAAAUGAUGCGCCUCAAGUCUAAGCUACUUAGCUUAAAUGCCGACAAAACAGUUAAAGUGAAGGUUUACACGCCUGCCAACUGCGAUGAGAUUCGCAUCCCAUUCAGAAAAGAUAAGAUUGCAAAAGUCGUUGGCAAGCUUGCAGAAGACGCGCAGCCAACGGAACUAGACGAAAGCAAGCUCAUGGCCGGAGUCCUUGUGCAAAACGGAUUUGAUUUGUCUUUAAUGGCGCCAGAUGAUCUGCGCGAAUAUGCCGGUCUCACGACGACAACUAUCACUUGCAAACAACUUAUAACUUUGAGUUCUGCCAGUAUGGAGCUGAUCAAGUGGGCGUUGGAAAGUGCCUUUGGGAUUAUCGAGAAGAUCGGUUCCAACGGAGAGAACAAAACGGUCGAUGAACAGAAUGGGGACAACAACAAGACAUUGGAAGCGGCGGACGAAGAGAUUGAGUACGCGGAGAAUGAGAAGUAUCUGGUCAUGGGGAGCGUAAUUGUGAAGUAUAUCGCUCGCACACGCGAGGUUGAGCUGGAAUGGGAGGGCAACAUGAUGAAUGAUGGUGUUGCCGAUGCAGUCAUGGCAGUUCUCAUGACCGUUGAGAGCAGCCCUGCAUCCGUGAAACAAUCAUGCAAGAACAACCACCGCCACCACCAUGAUCAUAAAGAGGAAGAGGACGAGAAAGAUAUCCACUUACUGCCGUCUCCAGGCAGGGCCAGUUCUCAUGAACGCUUCGCUCAGCUUCUCAUGAUCCUUGAAGCCCAGUUUGGCGACACAAUGACACCAAUUGAGCGGCCGCGUCUAGCGUCCAAGGCACCAAUCCAGAACGGCACUACUGAAGAAGAUAAGAAUCCCGAAAGUGACGAAGAUGAACAACUUUCUGAGAAAGAACUCGCCCGUGCCGAAGCAGAUGAGGUUUCCAGACUACACGCACUUGGGAUCCCCUUUCCCGGCGUCGAAAUCAAGAUUGACAAACACGUUGCUCGUGUAUGGCUUGAAGAUCUUGAGGUCGAUUGUGCGUAUGCCGUGCUCAGAGACCGUGUUAGGGUUGUGCUCGAGCGGGCUGUUGAGACAGUCGCGAGUAUGUGGACUGAGGAAGUUGGAGGAUCUCGCGUACGAUCUGGACUUUAUAGGAGGGUGCAAGCAAGACAUGAGCUCCUCGGAUUCCGUCAGCUGUGCCCUGUCACCAUCAAGAUAGAUGCCGUAUUUCCUGCGAUGGAGCUGUCUUCCACGUUUGGUUGCAGCAAAGGCAGUGCGGGCAGAACAAACAAACCCCCACCAGCGUCCGCUCCCGCACAACAACCAACUUCCAAGUCUCCCCAAAUCCAAGAGGAAGCUGCAUCCUCCGCCAAUUCAAUCGCACACCACUCCCCAUCCCUCAUCAUGUCGCGCCAGGCUCGUGUAGAAGAGCUUUCCGACUCGGACCCAGAGGAGGUCGCCCCUUCCGACGGUGUCUUGCCCCGAGACCAUAUCAUUUCUCCGUCGAUAAUGCACCCUCCUCCGGGCAUGGCUCCUCCGCCGGGCAUGGCCUCACGACCGCCGCCUCGACCGCCGCAGGAGAUCCCCAAACAUUUCCACUGCUUAUACGCUGUCUACUUUGAUAGAUCCCGAUCUCGCGCAGAGGGAAGGCAGGUCUCGAGCAAGCUGGCCGUGGAAAACCCGCUUGCCAGGGAUGUGCUCGAUGCAUGCCAACAGUUGGGGCUGCGGAUUGGUUUUGAGCCGGAGAAACUGCACCCCAAGGAUUGGGCAAACCCAGGCCGUGUACGGGUCCUGCUCAAGGAUGAAGACGGGAACCUCUUGAAUCCUCGCGUCAAGAACAAGCACCAUCUACAGAUCCUAGUCGCACAAUAUCUACAAGCACAUCCAACCGACGAGAAAGCGCCAUUUCGACUUCGCAUCCAUGGCCUACCGAUGCCGGACAAGCUUCCCGAGGCCCCUGCAGCUCCUCGCGGCUGGAAGAUUGGAAAGAUAUUGCCUCUCCAUUCUCCUGCGUACUCAGGCGGCGGCGUGAGCGAGAACCCGUUCAAGGAAGCAAUGGCCGAAAUGGAAAAACUCGGUGGAAUGCCUGGGAUGCCCGGUCUUCCCGGGAUGCCCCCUGGCAUGAUGGGCAUGGGAGAGUCGUCUGGAGCCGGGGAGCCGAAGAAAAAGAAAGACAAGAAAAAGGCAAAGGCUUGA